CUUGGUGAGGAAAAGAGGACCCAAGACGACAUGAUUUGACAGUAACAGCCAACAUUACACGCAAAAGUGGAAGCGCGGCGUGUUUGUGAGGACGAAGUUAUGUUAUUCCUAUACACGUUGUCCUCAGAAAGAAACAGCAAACGCUGAUAGGCAAGAGGAGCCAGCCAGCUAGCUAGCUAGCUAACUAUCAAAGGGGGAAGUACAGACAGAGAAGUCGCGGGGACAGAGGGGGAAGGUGUUUCUUUGGCUCUGUUGGUGGUGUUUGAGAGUUAGCUAGCUGGCCAGCUAGCCUAGCUCUACCACACACACACACCCUUCCUAUUUUUUUCCCCGCAAACACCGGGAAUUUCCUUUUUGAAGCAGCAGGACUGCAUGUGAGAAAGAGACAUGCUGCGCUGAAACGCUUACAAACUGUGCGUCAGCUGAAACAGUCUUGUUAACAUUGCUGUCAGCUUGGUCAUAUCUGCAGUCAGAAUUACAACAAUCUACGGGAACGACACUUGAUUAUUGCCUGGGCACGCGGCGGCUUUUGGAGAACGUGCAUCUGUCAGGGUUUUGGAAGACCCGAAUACUCGUCAGCUUUUCUGUUUACAUGUUGCUAGCAAUAAUGGUGUUCAAGUAUUUACGGGUCUGAGGGCACCUAAAACUCAGCUCGAGAGUUUGUAGGACAAAGGGUGGAGAUGAGUUGGUAGGGAAAAGUGAAGUGUCGGUUGGUAUUGUCUGUACGUUAGUUUGUACAUCGGUGGAGGAUUUCAGAUACCGACAAGAAGAAUGAAGAAGUUUUCGCGUAUGCCGAAGUCCGAAGGCGGUGGACUUUCUGGUUCCGGAUCGGGCACUGGAAGCAGCAAUUACAUCGGUCGCAUGUUUACUGUUGGCCGAUACCAGAUAUUAGUGGAUGACCUAAUCGCAGAAGGGGGUUUCUCCAUGGUGUUUGUGGGUCGCACUCGAGAGGGGCCGUGUGCCCUGAAAAGGAUGUACGUCAACAACGUGUCCGACCUAAACAUCGCCAAGAGAGAGAUCACGAUCAUGAAAGAGCUGUCUGGCCAUAAGAAUAUUGUGGCAUACCUGGACUCCACCAUCAGUGCAGUGAGAGAUAGUGUUUGGGAAGUUCUGAUUCUUAUGGAGUACUGCAAAGCUGGCCAGGUAGUCAAACAGAUGAACCAUCGUCUUAAUGUGGGUUUCACUGAGAAAGAGGUCCUCUGUAUCUUCUGCGACACAUGUGAGGCCGUCGCAAGGCUGCACCAGUGCAAGACGCCAAUCAUUCACAGAGACCUGAAGGUGGAAAAUAUUCUUCUGAACAACCAAGGGCAGUACGUCCUGUGUGACUUUGGAAGUGCCACUAACAAAAUCCUCCAACCGCAUAAAGACGGAGUAACAGCCGUGGAGGACGAAAUUAAAAAAUACACAACGCUGUCCUACCGAGCGCCAGAGAUGGUUAACCUGCAUGAGGGAAAAGCCAUCACCACUAAGGCUGACAUAUGGGCACUUGGAUGCUUGUUGUACAAGCUCUGUUUCUUCACGCUUCCAUUUGGGGAGAGUCAAGUUGCCAUAUGUGAUGGAACCUUCAGCGUUCCGGAUAAUUCGAAAUUCUCGAAUGAGCUUCACUGCUUGAUAAGAUACAUGCUGGAACCUGAUCAGGAUAAAAGACCAGACAUCUAUCAAGUAUCGUACUUUGCCUUCAGACUGGCCGGCAGGGACUGCCCUGUGCCCAACCUCUUUAGCUCUCCUAUUCCCACGUCGCUUCCAGAGCCACUGACAGCCAGUGACAUCGCUGCUAAAAAGAGCCUCACGAAAGCCAGGAUUACAGAUUCGGUGGGGCCGACAGAAACGUCCAUCGCCCCUAGACAGAGACCAAAGGCAGCCAACAGUAACGUCCUCCCCCUCGCCAACUCUGUGACGCCUGUGAAGAUGACCGUCCCCUCAGGGGCACUCAGCAACGCCUCUGGGAACGGCCAGCCAGCUGUUCAGAUGCAGAACAGCAGUCAGCCAAACAGAGUCCUCCAGCAGUUACAGCCUGGAGACGUCCGGCUUCAGCAACUCCACCAACAGCACCAACAACAACAACAACAACAUCUUCAUCAUCAACAUCAACAACAUCAGCAGCAGCAGCAUGUCCAGCAGCUUCAGUACCUACAGUAUCAGCAGGCCAUGCAGCAGACUCUCCAGAUGCAGCAGCAGCAGCAGCAGCAGCAGCACAUGCUCCACCCACACAUGCUCAUGCAGACCGUGUAUCCUCAGCAGGCCCACUACGCCGCCAUGAUGCAGCAGUAUCAGCAGGCUUUUGUCCAGCAGCAGCAGCAGCAGCAGCAGUGUGGCCCCGCCCAGCAACUGCCCUAUGUCACCUCCCCUGUCGAGUUUCACACUCCUCUGGGCUCUUAUAACCCGGCUGUGCCGGGACACGCCGGACCUUCUCCCGUGGAUCCUCCAUACACUAACCCCAGUAGAAACACAGUAUCCAGCGCUGAGGUGUUAAGUCCGCCGCCUCAGAAUGUCAGUAAUCCUCCGGAUAUGUCUGGCUGGAACCCGUUUGGUGAGGACAACUUCUCCAAACUGACGGAGGAGGAACUUCUGGACCGAGAGUUUGACCUUCUGAGAGCAAAUAAGCCAGCGGAGAGGGCGACUAGCGCGGACGUGGGCGCGGACAGACAGCAGCCGGCCCUGCAGUCACCCCCCGAGGACCCGUUUGGUUCAGCUCCGUUCCUGGCCAACGCAGGCAAGUUUUGGCCCUGCGUGCAUCCCGUGGACCAACCACAGGAGGAGCAUGGUAGUCCCGUGGUGCUGGCUGUGUUCGAAGAGGCCGUCCAGCCAUCGGCCGAGGAAAAGGAGCCCACGAAAAAGACCAGUUCCUCCGACCCCGCGCCUCACAAAGCCGGCGACGAGUCCGAGAGCGACUUCGAGUCCGACCCGCCCUCCCCCAAGAGCAGCGAGGACGAGGAGCAGGAGGAGGACGAGGGGCUGAACAGCGAGCACGACGACACGGAGCCGGAGAACCUGGGCCAGAGACCGCUGCUCAUGGAUUCCGAGGAAGAAGGAGAAGAGGAAGAGGAAAAGCAUAGUUCCGACUCCGACGACGACCAGAGAAAGGGGAAAGUGCGUACGGCCAGGCUGAUGGGCCACAAAGCCGCCGCGGUUUCCAAGGCGCCCACCAAGAGCCAGCCCGGUUCUAACCUGAUCACGCCCCCUCUGUCGCCCAGUUCUGACGAGCCCGUCGCCAGCGAGGUGGACGUCUUCGGGGCCGUGCCCUUUGUGGGCGGUGGGCAGCCGAAGCCGCCUCCCGAAAGCGCCGACGUUUUCACCAAGGCUCCCUUCCGGCAGGUGAGCCAGGAGAACACCAUCGAGGAGAUCGACGUGUUCACCAAAGCGCCCUUCAGCAGGAACCUCUCCAAGUCCAGCUGGAGCGGUGAAGGUCCGACGGGCCAAACGCCGCCCAUUUCCCCCGACGCCGUGGACGUGUUUGGCUUCUCGCCUUUCCAGCCCGGCCACGCCGCGCCCUCUUCCCGGAGCCAGGAGGACAUCUUCGGCCAGGCACCUUUCGAAGAGGAGCCCACCCCGCAGCAGCAGAUACUGAAGCAACGCAACCUUCAGAAACUGUCCUCGCGACAGAGACGGACGAAGUCCGAGGCGUCGGGCGGAAACGGCAAACGUCACCACGGGACCCCGACGGGCGGCCGCAAGAGCAACAAGCCCAGCUACCGUACGCCGGAGCGCGUGCGAAGACACAAAAAGGUGGGCAGGAGGGACUCGCAGAGUAGCAACGAGUUCCUCAACGCCUCCGACUCCAAAGAGAACAUUAGUAUGGACGAGGUGAUGGAAAAGAGCGUGGCCCUACCUUCGGAGGACGUUCUGCUGGACCCGUUCGGCGCCAAACCCUUCCACCCGCAAGACGGCGUCCGACACGGGCAGCACCAGAGCUUAGGGGACGCUAAGAGCGACCUCAACGCGGCCAAUAGCAGACCCCGGGCCAGUUCCCUGCAGUUCCCUGCUUUCGCCGACGGGAACGUGAUGGACGAUUUUGGGGCGGUGCCGUUUACGGAACUGGUGGUCCACGGCAGCGCUCAGCAGAACCCACAGGUGGAUCUGGAUCCCUUUGGCGCUGCUCCCUUCCCAUCGAAGCAUUGAGUGUCUUUGUCUUCCCACAGUCUCACACGCACACACACACACACACACACACACACACACACAGAGCUAUGAUAUGCAAAAAUCAAAGCAGCCUUCCUGGAGCGUCCUUUAUGGAUGGCAGCUUGUUUUUGUUCAGAUUGCAGCGUUUGGCCAAAUU